UGAUUAUGAUUCGUAUCAUAGUAAUGGAAUCAUCCAUCAGCCCAUACCAAAAGCAACCUGUUUAGUACAGUAAUUGAAGCAAAAUUAGCUUGAUUUUGCUUUUUAAAAAAAGGGUAGGAUAUUAAACAAAAAGAAAACUGGAUCACAGAAAUAUCUCUGUAAUUGGAAGGUAGUGCAUAGACGCUGAGAAGGCUUAUAUCAAACAACACCGUCUAUAUGUACGAGUUUCUCUAAUUUUAUAUCAUGUCUUUUGCAGAUUUAGAACAAGGGAGAAACUUCAGUGAUCAGAAUGGAGAGUUUGCGUCGUUAGCCAACUCUAUAGCUCAAAAAAUCCACAUUUUACGAGGAAAUACAGCUGCAAUUCACAGGUACCUGGUCAAUAACAUUACGAAAAAUCUUCAUGAAUUACUAGAAAAGUCAAGAGAGCUGUCUCAAAAUGUACGAUCGGAUUUGAUCCGUCUUUCCAACACCCGAGAUUCUCGGUUUGGAGAAGAAGCAUCGUCUUUUGCAAUCUCUAAACUUAUGAAGGAUUUUAAUAAUGUUCUGGCAGAACUUCAACGUGUUCAGCAAAAGUGUGCUCAACAAGAAACGGAUACUGUGGCAGCGGCUCAAGCCACUCUAAAUCAAGAUGCAAGCCAACAAGCGUUAGAAGAAGAAGAACACGCUAGAAGUACGCAGCAAUUACAUACCCAAAGAAGGCUGUCUAAUUCGCAAUUGGAAUAUCAGCAGCGAUUAAUUAACGAACGACAAGGUGAAAUCGACAACAUAACCCAAGGAAUUGGCGAAUUGAAUGAAAUCUUCCGUGAUUUAAGCACAAUAGUAAAUGAACAGGGGGAGCUUGUGACGAAUAUAGAAUACAAUAUCGGAAAUACCGCUACGAAUACGAAAAAUGCAUCAAAACAGUUGCAAAUUGCAAAUGAAAGGUCCAGAAAAGCAAGGAAACGUAGUCUUUGCUUUUUAAUAAUCUUAGUGGUUAUUUUGGGGAUCAUCUUAACUGCCCUUAUUGUCGGUUAAUGUGCCUUCAGACUUCAUCGUAACCAAUUAUAUACAUAUAAUAUUGUAGAAUUAAUUUUGUUGCUCCUCUUCUGAUCUAUAUACUUUAGGGGUUUCUUUUUUCCUAAUUUUAUUACUUAUUUAUUUUUCCCUGCAGUAUUGUUUAUCUGCUUCCUUGUUUUCCUAUUGCAGAAUGUUUUCUAUGCUGAAAUGAAUGAA